UUGAAACAACACGCGCGUGAAGAUAGGGAAGGGCUGCUCGGUAGAAGGAAAUAUGGAGCUCUAGGUGUUUUUUUCUUCAAAUUAAUUUGCAACAAUUCCUAAACAAUAUUUUUUCAUCGAAUUUUUAGUGAUUAUCACCAAUCGAAGUGGAUUGCGAAAAAAAUAAUCAGAAAGAAAUCAGCUGUUUAGCCAUAGCGAAUUAAUGGCGUUUUGACUUUUUGAUAUGCAAUAUUUUUAAAGAAUUGGCAACAAUCGAUGAUUUUGGAACUCAUACACUGCAAAUGAUUUAAGUAAUUUGUAGGAGAUUCAUUCCAUAAUCAUAGCUAUACGGAACAGAAAAAUAUUUAAUUAGGAAAUUAAUUCAUUAUGGAGCAACGCAGAGCCUGGCAAGCUGUUAGUUAAUGGCACAUGGUUUUCUUGUUUAUAAAAUACGGAUUGAAAAACAUUACUGGAUGUGUGAAUAGAAAAGUAUUUGUUUCUUGUAUAAUGCCAAAGAGAUUCCUACAAGGUCCACCGAAGAAGAAAUUGAAAUUGAAUCAUAAUUCAUUGAAGAUGUCAAAAACCGAAAUUGCAACGAGGGACGUUAACCCUAAUCACGGUGGUAAAAUCCAAAAUGAGAUUCUAAAGAAUGAACUUGGACAGCAAAAUCACAAUGUGAAAAUAGAAUAUCUUGAUACUCCCGUGAAAUCGGAAAAUGAUAAAAAGGAGUACAGAGUUAUUAAAUUGGAAAAUGGAUUGACAGCAUUGUUAAUAGCUGAUAUGCACUCUACUGCCUGCGAUGCAGAUGCGGAUGAUGAUGAUGAUACAGUUGACGAAACAGAAAGCGAGGAUGAGGAGGAAGAAGAAGAAGAUGAAAAUGUUGACGAGGAUGGUAGAGCCGACAAUGAUGAUAUUGAUUCAUCAGGAAUUAAACACACUAAGAGAGAACAAAAAAUAGCAGCCUGUGGUUUGUGUGUCGGGGUUGGUAGUUUCAGUGAUCCACCUGAAAUUCCUGGUAUGGCGCAUUUUCUAGAACACAUGGUAUUUAUGGGAUCUACCAAAUACCCUCAGGAAAAUGAUUUUGAUGCAUUUAUUACAAAACGAGGUGGCUCUGACAAUGCUGCAACAGAAUGUGAACAAACUACUUUUUAUUUUGAAAUUCAAGAAAAACAUUUAUUGGGUGCAUUGGAUCGUUUUGCACAAUUUUUCAUCAGUCCACUUAUGAAAAGAGAUGCCAUAUCAAGGGAACGAGAAGCUAUAGAAAGUGAAUUUCAGAUGGCCUUACCGUCAGAUUUUUAUCGCAAGGAACAGCUAUUCAGCAGCUUAGCUCGACCUAAUCAUCCUGCGACAAAAUUUGCAUGGGGUAACUUAGUGACUUUGCGUGACAAUGUCACAGAUGAAAAACUGUACGCGGAGCUACAUAAAUUUAGAGAACGUCAUUAUAGUGCUCACAGAAUGACCUUAGCAAUUCAGGCCAGAUUACCUUUAGAUACUUUAGAACAAUACGUCAAGGAUUGUUUUUCGGGAGUACCAAGUAAUAGUCUACCACCUGAUGACUUUACAUCCUUUAAAGGAACAAGCUCCUUUGAAACACCAUCUUUCAGAAGGAUGUAUAAAAUUAAGCCAGUUAAAGACGUUUGUCAAAUAGAAUUAACUUGGACGAUGCCACCUCUUCAUCAUUUAUAUAAAAGUAAACCACACCAAUAUGUUUCUUGGAUUAUCGGUCACGAAGGCAAGGGGUCCUUAAUAAGUUACUUACGUAAGAAAAUGUGGUGCCUCGAUAUAUUCAGUGGUAAUGGAGAAAGUGGUUUCGAGCAUAGUUCUAUGUAUGCUUUGUUCAGUUUAUCUUUGAUAUUAACUGAUGAUGGCAACAAACAUUUGAAGGACGUACUAGAUGCAAUAUUUUCAUAUAUAAAAUUAAUGCAAAGAGAAGGUCCACAAAAACGAAUAUACGACGAAAUUCAUCAGAUUGAAGAAACGAAUUUCAGAUUUACAGAUGAAGUACCCCCGGCUGAUUAUGUUGAAAAUUUAUGUGAAAAUAUGCAUUUUUAUCCUCCACUUGAUUAUAUCACUGGGAGUGAUCUUUAUUUUGAAUACGAUCCAGAAUCUAUUAAGACUUGUAUGAGCGUUCUCACACCAGAGGAUGUGAACAUCAUUAUUUUUGACAAAAAGUUUAACGAUGAAGAAUUUGACAAGGUUGAACCGUGGUUUAAAACUAAAUAUAGUGAUACGGAAAUACCCGAGGAAUGGAUUGAACAUUGGAAGAAGAUUGAACCUUUUCCAGAGUUUCACUUGCCAGAACCGAAUAUCUUUCUUUCUAGCGAUUUUAGUUUGAUACCUAAGACCGAGGAUGUUCCUAAGUAUCCUGUAAAAAUACAUAGCGAUGCCGUAUCUGAAAUUUGGUACAGGCCCGAUACGAAAUUUUUAUUGCCUGAAUGCUACAUGUAUUUUUACUUUAUUUCUCCUUUAGCUAUGGCGUCACCGCAAAAUGCAGCUAUGAUGGAUUUAUUUGUUGCAAUAUUGAAGCACUUACUUGUUGAAGAACUAUAUCCAGCUAAUGCAGCUGAGCUUAAUUAUCAAAUUUAUACGGGUGAUAAAGGAAUCAUUGUCAAAGUCAAUGGGUUUAAUCAGAAAUUACCUCUCCUAUUAACUACCAUAACAAGGUAUAUAGCGGAUUGUUCAAAAUUAGUAACACAAGAAUUAUUUGAUAUGAUGAGAGCCGAGCAAUUGAAAGCUUAUUACAAUAUAUUCUUAAAACCCGGAAAGCUAGUCAGAGAUGUGAGAAUAUCUAUUCUGAUGCUGGUCCAUUGGACAACAGUAGACAAGCACGCAGCUAUAUCCAGUAUAGAAUUUCGCCAUUUCCAAACCUUUGCAAAGCAUUUCACGGAUCAUAUAUACAUCCAGUGCCUGGUACAGGGAAAUAUGACAAAGGAAGAUGUUAUAAAGAAUGGCCAUAGCUGUGUCGAAAUUUUGAAGUGCGGACCGCUGUUACCAAAUACACUUCCACAGUUGAGAAUUACUCAAAUCCCACUGGGAGUUCACUGUUGCAGAGUGAAGAACUUUAAUCCAACAGAUGCGAAUUCAGUUGUCACAAAUUAUUAUCAAUCUGGCAUUGCAUCCAUUAAGUUGUCUGUGACGAUUGAGCUACUUAUUAUGCUCAUGGAAGAACCUUUAUUCAAUCAAUUAAGAACACAAGAACAGUUAGGCUAUAAUGUCUUUUGUUUAUUGAGAAAUUCAUUGGGUGUACUUGGAUAUUCCAUAACCGUGUGUACACAAGCUGACAAGUACACAACAGAGCACGUAGACGACAGAAUAGAAGAAUUUCUGAAGUCCUUUAUAAAGAUUUUGAAAAAAAUGACUGAAAAGGAACUCAGCGAAGUGAAGGAUGCUUUGAUAAAGUUAAAACAGUGUGCAGACAUUCACUUGAAAGAGGAAGUCAACAGGAAUUGGAGUGAGAUCAGAAGUGGUGAAUAUAUAUUCGACAGAUUGGAAAGGGAAGUAGCUGCAAUAAAUACUAUAAAAGUAGCGGAGCUCAGAAAGUGGAUGGAUAAGCAUGUGAUCAAUGGAAGUAAUCUGAGAAAGUUGAGUGUUCAAGUAGUAGGAACAGCUAAGAAACAAUCAAAUGAGACUGAAGAAGAAAUCAAUGUAAAUGUGAAUAAAGCAAACUCUACAAAAGCUAGAGAGCAUAGUAAAUCCCAGGAAAAUCGGGCAAUCAAGUCAAGAAAUUCGAACAUCGAAUACGGCGGUGAUGUUAAGUAUCCACUAGAAUAUUUAACGGACAUGCCUGAUGAGAAGAAGGAGAAGGCUGCAGAAUAUUAUAUAACAGAUAUCGAAGAUUAUAAGCAUAGCCUUUACGUUUAUCCAAUCACUCUUAAAAUUUCAUGACAGUGAUCCCAACCUAGAUUGUAACUAUUUGCGAAUUGUAAUACUGCAUGAUAGUAAGAGAUUGCUCAAAAAAGAUAAUACGGCCAAUCUCGUUUGCAAAUAAAAUUCAACUUUUUUUGACAAGAAGUA